UCUUUCCGGGCUCUUGGAAAAGCUUUCAGCAAGACCAGACCCUCUGUUCUUACGCAAUACAAACCUCAGAACCUCCACAUCUACAUACGGUACAAUUCCUACGCUACGAACGCAUUCCGCAAAGGCACGUCAAGAAGCUCGAGACAUCUAGCGGGGUACUGAUGGAAGGAUAGAUUCAGACAUGGAGAAGAUUGAUACGACAGACCGCCUUAAUCGGUUGAGAGAGCUUAUGAAGCAGCACAAGGUCGACGUUUACAUCGUCCCCUCCGAAGAUAGCCAUUCCUCCGAAUAUAUCGCACCGUGCGAUGCUAGAAGAGAAUACAUAACCGGUUUCACAGGUUCUGCGGGUUGUGCUGUCAUCACUCAUGAGAAAGCGGCUUUGGCGACGGACGGACGAUACUUCAACCAAGCUACGAAGCAACUCGAUGCUAACUGGCUGUUAUUGAAGCAAGGUCUCCAAGACGUGCCAACUUGGCAAGAGUGGUCUGCAGAUCAAUCUGAGGGCGGGAAAGUUGUGGGCGUCGACCCUACAGUCAUCUCAGCACCCGAAGCUCGAAAGCUCUCAGAGAAGAUCAAGAAGAAAGGAGGACAAGACUUAGUGCCACUCGAGGAAAACCUUGUCGAUACGAUAUGGGGACAGUCCCGCCCUGCCAAGCCUAGUGAAAUAGUGAAACUGUUGCCUGUUCAAUUUGCUGGGAAGGACGUCAAGACCAAACUCGAGGAGCUUCGAAAAGAGCUGGACAAGAAGAAGAGCUCAGGAAUUAUCGUUUCUAUGCUAGACGAGAUUGCUUGGCUCUUCAACCUUCGAGGCAAUGAUAUUCCCUACAAUCCUGUCUUCUUCUCGUACGCUAGCGUUACUCCUACGACAGCUACCCUAUACAUCGAUGCUUCUAAGCUAGACAGCGAUUGUAAUACCUAUCUGACCGAGAAUGGGGUGUCUAUUCGCCCAUACGAGAAGAUAUUCGAAGAUUCUCAGGUUCUAGCUGAGUCCUUGGAUCCUGCUGAGGGCGAGGAAGCGCCUGAGGCGAAGAUCAAGAAAUUCCUCGUAUCGACUAAGACCUCAUGGGCUUUAAAAAGAGCUUUGGGCGGAGAUACAAAAGUGGAAGAUGUUCGAAGUCCUAUUGGAGACGCCAAGGCUGUCAAGAACGAUACAGAGAUGGAAGGCAUGAGAGCAUGUCACAUCCGGGACGGAUCAGCGCUGAUCGAAUACUUUGCUUGGCUAGAACAUCAACUUGUGGUCAAGAAGGCAACAAUUGACGAAGUCACUGCUGCUGACAAGCUGGAAGAGCUGCGGUCUAAGCAUAAGCACUUUGUCGGAUUGUCUUUUGAUACGAUCUCAUCAACAGGAGCUAAUGCUGCCGUCAUCCACUACAUGCCGGAACGAGGCAAUUGCGCGACCAUUGAUCCCAACGCAGUAUACCUUUGUGACUCUGGAGCCCAGUACUAUGAUGGAACGACGGACACAACCAGAACCCUACACUUCGGGCAGCCGACAGAGCUAGAGAAGAAAGCAUAUACAUUGGUGCUGAAGGGUCACAUCGCCCUUGAUGUUGCCAUAUUCCCCAAAGGCACGACCGGUUUUGCGCUUGAUACAUUGGCGAGACAAUUCUUAUGGGAAGAAGGAUUAGACUACAGGCAUGGCACUGGUCAUGGAGUUGGUUCAUAUCUUAAUGUGCAUGAAGGUCCCAUCGGCAUCGGAACCAGAAUACAAUACUCGGAAGUACCUUUAGCGCCUGGUAAUGUAAUCUCUAAUGAGCCCGGAUAUUACGAAGAUGGCAACUUUGGCAUACGCAUUGAGAAUAUCAUCAUGGUGAAGGAGGCGGAAACAAAGCACAAGUUUGGCGACAAGCCAUAUCUUGGCUUUGAGCAUGUAACCAUGGUUCCUUACUGCCGAAAAUUGAUUGACGAGAGCUUGUUGACUAGGAGGGAAAAGCAUUGGCUAAACGAAUACCACGCCGACGUUCACGCUAAGACGAAGGAUUUCUUCUAUGCAACCUCUGUGGCAAUGAAGUGGUUGGAACAUGAGACGCAACCUUUCUAAGUACAUAUGGGUUUGGGGCAGGGAUUCUCUGGCAUAGCAUGGCGAGCAUGGAAGGAAGCGUUGUUUGAUUAUGGUAUUCUACACGAUACGAGUCUAGUAUAAUGUUACGAUGACAACCAGGACCUAAAACUUCAUGAAGGCUGCUAAGGCGAACGUGGUGCCGAAGGAGAGUUUGAAAGCAACAUUGUCUUGAACAGCUGAGCGGAGAUCGAUGCUUGUGACGUAUCGUUGAAG